GUCAUUCUGAAACACAACUCGUGCUCUUUCGCUUGACUUCACAAGGGCGGCGCAAUCACGAACCAUGCUCGAAGCGUUGCUUCUGAGUUUCGUCGUCACGUUUGCUACAUGGUUCAUCAUACAACGCAAGAGACGGCUGUCGUUUUUUAAAGACCUCGGAAUCCCAGGGCCUCCUCCAAGCUUUCUUUCAGGCAACUUGUCUGAACUUAUACAAAAGGGAACGCUGGUUAAAUACAAGGAAUGGCUGGACAAAUACGGCGACAUUGUAGGUUUCUACAACGGUGCUCACCCGUUUCUUAUCGUGAAAGACCCUGAGCUAAUCAAGAAGAUCCAGAUAAAGGACUUCCACAAUUUUCAUAGCCGAGGGAUUUCGUCGGGAUUGGCCCUUAGCCACCCUAUCAACAAAUACAGCAUUGUCAUCGCUCAGGGUGAGCGCUGGAAAAAAAUCCGCAGCCUUGUAACACCGGCGUUUACGACGAGCAACAUGAAGAAGAUGGCGAGCCUCAUGGACGAUAGCUCCAACGAGUUCCUCCAAGUCCUCGAAUCCCUGCAGAGGAAGGGCGAAGCCCUCGAGUUCCGGGAGCUCUUCCAGAGGCUGACGGCGGAUGUCAUCAUUCGAUCAGCGUUCGGUCUCAAAUCCGACCUGCAGCAGAAGGACCGAAAGAAGAGCACAAUAGAGUCACUGUUUCGAGAAACGUUGGACAGCUUGCAACAGUUUCGUCGUACGUGGAUAAAUUUCCUUACCACUUGCUUUCCAGAGUUUACUCCUUUGUGGAGAUUGACCAUAUCGUUCUUUUCACGGCACAACAAGACUGCGCAAGACAAGAGCUUUGACGAGAUCACGCCCAUCAUACAAUUUCGUCGUGAAAACCGCGAGGAUAGAUGCGACCUUCUGCAGCUGAUGCUCAACGCUGAAGGGGAGGAUGCACAACUUGUCAACGUGCAUUCGCUCACGGCAGCCGGCGAUGCUGACAGCGCAUCUGAAGGGAACCAGCCUGAGAAAGUAAAUGAAGAUGGGAAAAAGUGCGUCCUGACAAAUACUGAAAUCUUGGCGAAUGGCUUCGGUUUCUUCGUAGCAGGAUUCGAGACGACAGGCUCAACGAUGGCUUUUCUAUCAUAUCUCCUCGCAAAACACCAGGACAUUCAAGACAGACUCAGAGAGGAUGUCCUUGCCGUCCUGAAGAGAGACGGUGCCUUCACGUACGACAACGUCUUCGGCAUAAAAUACCUGGACCAGGUUAUAUCGGAAUCUCUUCGCUUUUAUUCGCCGGUAGUAGGGUUCACGACAAGAAGAUGCGCUCGUGACUAUGUACACAAAGGUAUAACAAUACCUGCUGGAACCAGCAUCGUUAUUCCCAACCACCACCUGAGUCAUGACCCAAACUUUUGGGAGCAACCCGAAGUCUUCGAUCCUGAAAGAUUCAGCCCCGAAAACAAAGGCCAUGUUGAUCCCGUGGUGUACCAGCCUUUCGGCCAGGGCCCUCGCAACUGCGUCGGUAUGAGAUUCGCCCAGCUGGAGAUGAAAUUAACCAUGGCCAAAUUACUGUCAAAAUACAAGCUUCUCCUAGAUGACCGCCACAUUAAGGAGAAAGACUUGGAGCUUGAAUCCACCUUCGUCCUCGCGAUGCCCAAGGAUGGAAUCUGGCUUAAGGUCGAAAACGUUGUCUGACCAUAUCAACAUGGCUUGCAGCGUCAUUCGACAACGCAUUCUACGAAAGCGGUGUUUUGCACAACAUGUUACUCAGUUUCUGCAUAAUAAACUCGGGCUUAAAUAU